AUGCCUGAUAACCUGCCGGAGAAGGAGGACUUCUAUUUCCAGGAUAUAGAGCAGAGGGUAUGGUAUAGUUUGGCAGCGCUCAGCUGCGCCGGAUCGAGCAGACGCUUGGGCCGGAUUUUGCGGUUGCAAUAGGAAAUAUAGAGAAGGGAGUGUCCAUCGCUAGAGCUGCUGAGGUGAAUCUGAGAAACAACCAUAUGCAGAAUAUCAUUACUUGGUACACCCCCCGCCUCCCCCAGUCUGGAAAGAGGUGGGUGGUGCUACUGAUUCAGUUCUAG